AUGUCGUCAGCUGGUGGUUGGGUGGUUGGGACAGUGUGGGCGCUGCGUGACGAGAAGCAGUGCGACCGCUGGAUUGUGGUGACCUCCAUAUUUCAGCCGUCGCCGGCAACAAGGAAACUGGGAGAGAUGACGAAGCAAGGUUGGUGUUAUGUGGUUGUGGCAGACAAGAACGGCCCAAAGGACUACGAUGAUGUAGAAGGUGUCAUCUACCUCACUGUGGAGCGCCAGCGGGCUCUGCACUUCCAUAUAAUGGACCACUUGCCCUGGCGCCACUUUGGGCGGAAGAACGUGGGCUUUCUGUACGCAAUCGCGCAUGGAGCGAAGAUCAUCUAUGACACAGAUGAUGACAAUCGUCUCAAGGAAGCGCGGAUACCCAUCCUUGGCCUUGAUGAAGCGGAUGGUCCGGAGAUCAAUGUGUCCCGACCGGAUGUGGGAGAUGUGGGCCACGGCUUGACCUCUCACCCGGGCUUGCUGAACCCAUACCCCAGCUUCAGGCCGACCUGUGGCCACAUUUGGCCUCGCGGCUUUCCUCUGGAUUUCGUCCAGUCGCCGCAGACCUACAACCGAUCGCUGGUGCCCGCGCAGCUUAGCCGCCCUCCAGCCAUCCAGCAGUUCCUGGCCGAUGAGGAUCCGGACGUAGACGCCAUCUUCCGACUGACGUUCUUCACACCGUACAACGCGCAGUGUACAGUGCACUUGUACGAAGCCUUCUGGGGCUUGCUCCUGCCAGUCACGGUCCAUGGGCGUGUCUCUGACAUUUGGCGCGCUUAUUUGGCGCAGAAGCUUCUUUGGGAUGCCCUUUGGCGACAAAAAAUGGCAAAGGGCCUACCAGGAAGAGGGUUGUGCUGCUUGUUGUGGGGGCGGGGCGAGUGUUUCGAAUGGGUCCAGAGUCAUGUUCUGCCCUAUCUGCCUUGCAGAUUGUAUAUUAAGAUCGCAGAAAUUGUGAGGAGAUCCCCAUUUUGGACAGUUCUGGCGACUGUCCUCUUUGUACAAGAAGGAAGGGGUCUUCUUGAGCUGCUUGCCAGGGCUCCUAGGUCCGAAGGGUGGUUUACAGUCCCAAGAAAAGAUACAGCGUCUGUGUGCAGAACGUGGUUUCAUGACUUGACUGGCUUGACCUUCGUUGAAGGGAUUUUUAUAGGAUCCUAA